UGCUGCCCCUCGGCUCCGCCCCUGGUGGUGAUCAGUGUGGCUGUAGGUGAGCCACUAAUAGCUCAGUGAUUCUGCUGCCAGACAGACUGGAUGGAGACUCUUGGCAGCGACUAGACAAAAACACUCCCGGGGGAAAGUGGCAGCAAUGAGCCGACAAGGUUACAGCGGGGCUUCUUCGUCCGUUCAUUUCUCUUCAAGGAUAAUAGACAAUGGAUGUUCACCCGCAGAUCUAACACAGGAGGAUGUAGAUAAUCUGCGUUUUGAACUUGCAAAGAUCGACGAUGAAAUUCACACCUUGAGGCAGGUGCUUUUGACUAAAGAAAACUAUGCAGCAGACAUCAGGAGGCAGCUGGGAAUGAGUCCUCUCAGCAACAUCAAACAGAACCUGUCCAAAGGCUGGCAUGAAGUCCAGACCUCGGCACCAUAUCUCUCAGCCUCUGCCACCCUGGAUGACAUCAGCCACUCCAACGUAUACCUGAGGACACGGGACAGUCUCUCUCAUGCAGGCCAUGUGACAUCUGCUGCCCUGUCCUCCAUGGGGGUGGCCAUCACCAGGAGACUGGCAGAGAUGAGAGCUCUGCCACUUCCAAGCCCACCACGUCACACCAUCAGCGUCCCCACUAUGAGACAUUCCAAUACAUUCAAGUCUUUUGAGGAAAUGGUCGGCAAUGUGAAGGACAAGGUGACUGGCAGUCUGACAAAUAACGGAGACACCGCUGGGUUUGAAAGAAGAUCCGCACGGCACGCCACAUGAGAUGAACCUGUGUGACAUCCCAUAAUCAAUUAUUUUCAUAUUUCCCUUGCCUGUGUGAACACCGUAUGUCUGCUGUUAUUUCUGCUAAUUAAUACAGAGUGACAAAUAGAAUGUAUUAUGUUUGUAAUGUAAACCUAUUUUGACAGUACAUUUAAAGAUACUGUUUUAAUUUGUAUUUCUCAGUAUGUUUCAUAAAUGCAAUUUAUUUAUUUUUAAAUGUGAAAGCAGAAAAUGUAUCUUCUGAAGUUAGCCGUAUUACCUAAAGUAUUUUUGUAAGUUACGAUUUUUCAAUUAAAAUCAAUAGAAUGGUG